CGCAUGCGCGGAACGAUCGAGUCUCGGGUAGUUCUUCGUGUUUCGUGUUCUCAAGUAGUACGUACAUGUAAACAUAUACAGGUAUGUCGUGUAGUAGAGCAAACAUCGAUUAAUAAUUGUUUCUUUACGGACACAUUCGCGUGGUUGCACUUUGUUGCGUCCUUGGCUUCGCUAAUUUAGCUUGCUAGUUAGCUUAGCUUGCUAGUUAGCUUAGCGUGUUAGCUGCUAACAAAGAGACGCGGACGUUAUCAACACAUCGCUAAGUAGAGCUCAAAUGUGAGUGUGAGGUGUUGUGAUUGUGUGAAAAUGUGCGAAAGAACGAUAGCGGAGUGCGAAGAGGAACUUCAUAGAACAAAAGAGGAGAACUAUCAACUACUGGACGCUGUUUUCAAGAAACAUCAAGUUGUGUUACACAUAACAGAACAUCUUCCGUCCCCCCGCAUUAAAGAGGAAAAAGAGGAGCAACAGCCCCCCUGCUUUAAAGAAGAAAAGGAGGAGCCACUGUCUCCUCUUAUUAAAGAGGAAGAGAAGGUGUCUCAGCCCCCCUACAUUAAAGAGGAGGAGGAAGAACACAGCAUCAGUCAGGAGGGAGAGCAUCUUGAAGGACCGGAAAAGUCCCCAGUGACUGGUGUCCCUGUGAAGAGUGAAGAUGAUGAGGUCAAAUGUGAAAAUGAGGAGAUGGGAGGGGCUGAGCCUCCAACACAACACAUGACAACAGAAGCUGAUGGACACCACUGUGGAGGAUCACAAUCAGACUCGCUCUUAGCUCCACUAUCAGAUAGCGACGCCGCAACGCCGCACCUCGACGCAAACACGGACUCUCACUUGAGAACGCACGCCAGAGGAAAAAUGUUCAGUUGUUCCGUUUGUGGUACACAAUUCUCUCAGAAGCUAACCAUGCUGGCGCACGCGAGGACGCACACGGGAGAGAAACCUUUCAGUUGCCCGGUCUGCGGCAAGCGCUUCACGCAAAGGGCGCACAUGCUGUCUCACGCCAGGACGCACACAGGGGAGAAACCUUUCCGUUGCUCGGUCUGCGGCAAGCGCUUCACGCAACGGGCGCACAUGCUGUCUCACGCCAGGACGCACACGGGGGAGAAACCUUUCUGUUGCUCGGUGUGCGGCGGCGCGUUCGCGCAGACCUCCUCUUUGAAUCGGCACAUGAGGACGCACACCGGAGAGAAACCCUUCGUUUGCUUGGACUGCGGCAAGAGCUUCUCCCAAAAGGUGAACAUGCUCUCGCACACGAGAACGCACACGGGAGAAAAACCUUUUAGUUGCUCGGUGUGCAGCGUCGCAUUUUCUUUCUUAUCUUCUUUGGAUCGACACAUGGAGAGUUGUUUAAACAUCGCUAAACGGAGAUCAAGUGUGAGUUUAAAGUGUUGUGAUUGUGUGGAGAUGUGCGAAAGAACGAUGGAAGAGAACGAGGGGGAACUUUCUAGAACAAAAGAGGAGAAGGAGCGACAACAUCAACUCCUGGACGCUUAUUAUAAGAAACAUCAUCAAGUUGUGUUACACAGAACAGAUGUCAGUGAAGAACAUCUUCCACUCGAGCCACAGCCCGCCCACAUUAAAGAGGAAGAACACGAGUGGCAGCCCACUCGCGUUAAAGACGAAGCAGACGAGCCACGGCCCCUUUGUUUUAAAGAGGAGGAAGAGGCGGAGCCACAGCCCCCGCACAUCAAAGAGGAAGAGGAGGAACACAGCAUCAGUCAGGAGGGAGAGCAUACUGAAGGACUGAUGUUUCCAGUGACUGGUGUCCCUGUGAAGAGUGAAGGGGACGAGGUCAAAGGUGAACGUGAGGAGCAGAAAGGGGCGGAGCCUCCAACACAACACCUGACAACAGAAGCUGAUGGAGACAAACUCUUAGCUCCACUAUCAGAUAGCGAGGACACAACCUCACACAAUAAUGCAUUGGAAAAACCUUGCAGUUGCUCAGUGUGUGGCCACGCCUUUUCUCAAAUGUCCUCUUUGCACCGACACAUGAGGACGCACACGGGAGAAAAACCCUUCCGCUGCCCGGACUGCGGCAAAAGCUUCUCGCAGAAGGUGACCAUGGAGUCGCACGCGAGGACGCACACCGGAGAAAACCCCUUCCGCUGCGCCGUGUGCGGCAACGCCUUCACCCAGAUGUCCUCGCUGCGGCUGCACGCCAAAACGCACACCGGCGAGAAACCCUUCCGCUGCUCGCACUGCGGCAAGCGCUUCACGCAGAGGGCGCACAUGCUGUCGCACGUGAGGACGCACACCGGGGAAAGACCGUUCAGUUGCCCCGUGUGCGGCAAGACGUUCGCUCAGACGUCCACUUUGAAUCAACACCUGAAGACGCACACGGGGGAGAAACCUUUCACUUGCUCCGACUGCGGCAAAAGCUUCACCCAAAAGGUCACCAUGCAAGCACACAAGAGAACGCACACGGGAGAGAAACCUUUUAGUUGCUCGGUUUGCGCAGAAGCCAGUGAAGAACAUUUUCCUCCCGAGCAGCAGGAGUGGAACGCCAGUACGGAGCAGGAGUCACAGCCCCCCCAUGUUAAAGCGGAAAGGUCCCCGUUGCUCUACUUUAAAGAGGAAGUGGAGGAUGCACAGCCCCCCCACAUUAAAGAAGAAGGGGGUGAACUGUGUCUGAGUCAGGAGGGAGCGCCGCUUCAAUGGUUGGAGGAGUUCCCAGUGAUUGGCGUGGUUGUGAAGGGCGAAGACGACGAGGUCAAAGGUGAAAGUGAGGCGGGAAAAGGGGCGGAGCCUCCCACACAACACGUGACAACAGAAGCUGAUGGAGACCACUGUGGAGGAUCACAAGCAGACUUAGCUCCACUGUCAGAUAGUGACGACGCCACGUCUCACUCUGCUGAGCACGAGGACCAGGAGGACCACCAAGAACCCCCGAGCGGCGAUCCAGACCGCCAAGGUGAAUCGAAGACGAGCAAACAACAAUUUCCCUGCCUCGUAUGCGCUAAAAUCUUCACCAAAAAAGGCAAUUUCACCCGACACAUGCGCUCGCACACCGGGGAAAAACCAUUCUGUUGCUCCGACUGCGGCAAAAAGUUCUCCCACAAGGCGCACAUGCUCACGCACCUGAAAACGCACACGGGGGAGAGACCCUUCAGCUGCUCGGUUUGCGGCAAGAGUUUCAUCCAGAAGGUAACCAUGGUAACGCACAUGCGCACGCACACGGGGGAAAAACACUUCGGUUGCCCGGACUGUGGGAAACGGUUCUCCCACCGGGCGAACAUGCUCUCGCACGGGAGGACGCACACCAGGGAGAAACCGUUCACCUGCCCGGACUGCGGCAAGACCUUCUCCAACAAAAGCAACAUGGCGAAACACGCCAGGACGCACAGCGGGGAGAAACCCUUCGGUUGCUCUGUCUGCGACAAGAGGUUCUCCAACCGAACCAACGUGGAGAAGCACAUGCACACGCACACGGGGGAGAAACCGUUCGACUGCUCGGACUGCGGGAGGAAAUUCUCCCAAAAGGCGCACCUGCUCGCCCACGCGAAAACACACGCCGGGGAGAAACCUUCCCCUUGCUCAGUUUGCGGCAAAGGGUUCUCUGACAAAACUUCCAUCCGAUCACACAUGAGAACUCACUCCGGGGAAAAACCGUUUACUUGCUCCGUUUGCAAGACGACUUUUUUUUGGAAGUCCUCUUUGAAAAAACACGUGCAGAGUCACGGACGCUCUCCUCUUGGUUGCCACGAAAUUCCAUGCGGUAAAAAUCAUCAAUGCUGAGCCUUUCAGUUUAUUUCCGUCUGAAUUCAUAUUUCAUGCUGGAUUCUGAACACUUCAUAAGAAUAUUAUCCAUCAAUCUUGAUGAUUAUUCCCUUUUACGUGUACAAAGUGCAAGUCAGUACCACUCUUUCUCCAGCAGAGGCCGCCAGUGUGCAGCAGAACAACGACGUCACGUGACACUACGGACACGUGAGUCUGCUUAUGGACUUUGACUGUAACAAUCACGGUUAUUAAAAUCUCAUAUUCCGUAGAAAUGUUGAUGUGUUAUUUAUA